AUGCAGCUUGGACUGUUUGUGGUGGUGGUUUUUCUAAGCUCGAUGGAUCUAACAGGCAGCAGCAAAGUGGUGAAGGGCAAGAGGCAAAGACGAAUUAGCACCGAGCUGAGUCAGGGCUGUGCCAGAGGCUGCGACCUGUGCUCCGAGUUCAAUGGGUGCCUGAGAUGUUCCCCCAAACUCUUUAUCCUUCUGGAGAGGAAUGAUAUCCGGCAAAUUGGGAUUUGCCUACCAUCUUGUCCACUGGGAUACUUUGGCCUUCGCAAUACAGACAUGAACAAGUGCAUCAAAUGCAAAAUUGAGAACUGUGAGUCCUGUUUCAGUCGAAACUUUUGCACAAAAUGUAAGGAAGGUUUGUAUUUGCACAAAGGGAGAUGUUACGUCACAUGCCCUGAAGGCUACUCUGCUGCCAACGGCACCAUGGAGUGCAGCAGUCCUGCACAAUGUGAAAUGAGUGAGUGGGGGCCCUGGGGGCCCUGCUCCAAGAAGAGGAAGCUCUGUGGCUUCAAGAAGGGCAAUGAAGACCGAACGCGGCGGAUUCUGCAUGCUCCCUCUGGAGACGUAUCCCUGUGUCCUGCCACCACGGAGGUGCGGCGAUGCACUGUGCAGAAGAACCAGUGCCCUGAAGGGAAAAGGAAGAAAAAGGAAGAGCAAGGAAAGCAAGAUAAUGCUAAUGGGAACAGAAAUCGGAAAGACACCAAAGAUGCUAAGUCUGGCACCAAGAAGAGGAAGAGCAAACAGAGAGGGGCCACGGUCCCCGUGACGUCUGCUAGCCCUGCCCAGUAG